AAGUCUUUGCUCUUAAUCUGAACUGCCUCGCACAUACUAAGUGCUAGCAUGUUGGCUCCAAUUAUGAUCUUGAAAGAUUCUGUUGGGCAGAGAAUUGUCAGGACAGGGCGUUCUGGGCGGAUGACCCUGUAUGUGCAAAUGCCUGGAGGAGAAUCUGGGUGUAGGUGGACAGCAGGCUACAUAGAGGCAGGGCCCAGCUGAGGCUGCAGAUGGAGAAGUGUGUCAGUGAGGAAACAGUUUGGCACUGCAGGUGAGAGGAGGGUUUGGGUGCGUGAUGCGGGUGCAGGGCAGGGGCACGAGGCCAUCGGACUCAGGUUCCCCCAGGCUUGGAGUGGUGGCUUCGGCUCAGUGCGGGUUCCAGCCCCUGGAGGAGCCCCCUCCACCUACCUGAGAUUUCCUGAAUUCCAGCUGCAGCUCUGGUUGCUUCUGCAGGCAAAGGAGCCCUUGUGGUCGGAGGGGCCUCUCGAGCGAGCGCAGGCCAGGAGGUUCCCUCCCUCUCCCGGCACACACACCUCCAUUCAGCCAGGGCCCCGCCCCCCAAGGGGGCUGAGGGCCUGGGCAGCCACCCCCGCGUCAGUGGGGGGCCACCUGGCUGGGAGGCUGGGUUGAUAAGACCAGAUCCCCCUGGCCCCACAACUGUGCCGGCUGCCUGAGCCGCCAGGACCAUGAGGGCCACCUCUGGCACCAACCUCGUGCUCUGCGGCCUGCUGGUGCUGCUCCAGGCCCCACGCACACUUGGCUUCACCCCCCAAACCAGAGGGCAGCUCUGCCGGCCCCGGCCCACGGACCUGGUGUUUGUUGUCGACAGCUCGCGCAGCGUGCGGCCUGUGGAGUUUGAGAAGGUGAAGGUGUUCCUGUCCCAGGUCAUCGAGUCUCUGGACGUGGGGCCCAAUGCCACCCGGGUGGGCCUGGUCAACUAUGCCAGCACUGUCAAGCAGGAGUUCCCGCUGCGGGCCCACGGCUCCAAGGCCGCUCUGCUGCAGGCUGUGCGCCGCAUCCAGCCGCUGUCCACGGGAACCAUGACCGGUCUGGCCGUCCAGUUCGCCAUCACCAAGGUCUUCAGCAAUGCCCAGGGCAGACGCACCUGGUCUCCUGACAUCCGUAAGGUGGCCCUCGUGGUGACUGACGGGAGGCCUCAGGACAGCGUGCGAGACGUGUCUGAGCGGGCCCGGGCCAGCGGCAUCGAGCUGUUCGCCAUCGGCGUGGGCCGCGUGGACAAGGCCACGCUGCGGAAGAUCGCCAGCGCGCCGCAGGACGAGCACGUCGACUACGUGGAGAGCUACAGCGUCAUCGAGAAGCUGUCCAAGAAGUUCCAGGAGGCCUUCUGCGUGGUGUCAGACCUAUGUGCCACAGGAGACCAUGACUGUGAGCAGAUGUGCCUCAGCAUCCCAGGCUCCUACACCUGUGCCUGCCGAGAGGGCUUCACCUUGAAUGCUGAUGGCAAGACCUGCAAUGUCUGCAGCAGUGGCGAGGGCAGUUCAGCCACCGACCUGGUCUUCCUCAUUGAUGGCUCCAAAAGCGUGCGGCCGGAGAACUUUGAGCUGGUGAAGAAGUUCAUCAGUCAGAUUGUGGAUACGCUGGACGUGUCGGACAAAGCGGCGCAGGUGGGGCUGGUCCAGUACUCGAGCUCUGUGCGCCAGGAGUUCCCGCUGGGUCACUUCCACACCAAGAAGGACAUCAAGGCGGCUGUGCGGAACAUGUCCUACAUGGAGAAGGGCACCAUGACGGGGGCUGCCCUCAAGUACCUCAUUGACAAGUCCUUCACUCUGUCCAGCGGGGCUAGGCCUGGUGCCCAGAAGGUGGGCAUUGUCUUCACUGACGGCCGGAGCCAGGACUACAUUAAUGAUGCUGCCAGGAAGGCCAAGGACCUUGGCUUUAAGAUGUUUGCUGUGGGUGUGGGCAACGCCGUGGAGGACGAGCUGAGGGAAAUUGCCUCAGACCCCGUGGCAGAGCAUUACUUCUACACAGCUGACUAUAAGACCAUCAACCAGAUUGGCAGGAAGUUACAGAAGAAGAUCUGUGUGGAGGAAGACCCAUGUGCCUGCGAGUCCAUUGUGAAAUUCCAGACCGAAGUGGAGGGGCUGCUGCAGGCCCUGACGAGGAAACUGGAAGCUGUGAGUAAGCGGCUGACCGUCCUGGAGAAUGGAGUCGUCUAAGGCCACCUGUCCUGCGCUGCCUCUCCAUCUCCGCACCCUGAGCGCAGCCCAGAGUCCUGUGUGGCCCCUAAAGUUCCGUUCCGCUUUGCCAUUUCCGUGAGGGGUGUCUGGGAUGGUCAGGGUCCUGGGACCGCCCCAGGCAGCUCCCUCUCUGUCCAGCCUGCGAGCCCCGGGGGCGUGUGUGUGUGUGUGUGUGUGUGUGUGUGUGUGUGUGUGUGCGUCUGUGUGCAUGCGGGGAGCAUGUGACCUUUGGGAGCACCUGCGUGUGUGCCUGAGGUUGGGUGUGUGUCUGGGAAUAGGGACGCAUGUGCGUGAGUGAGAACCCGGAAGAGUGUGAGAGGGACUGAAUUCGCAUUUUUUUAAUCAAAAGCUUAAUAUAUUCCUAUUUUUUUAUUUUUAGUUAACCCUUUCUUGACUGCGAGGGCUGUGAAUCUCUUUUCUGAUUUCUCUCUUCCCUUUUGAACAACAAUUAAAUGUGAUUAACUUAAGCCCUCAGUGGGGCUGGAGGCGGUGU